AUCGUAUAACGUUGCGUUCUACAGCAUAAUUCACCAUCUCAUUUGUCUUUUGUUUUAGUAUUCCUCCAUUACUAAAGUAACACAUAAAAAGUACGCUAUAUAACAAUUAGAUUAAAACUAAAGCAUUUAGAUUAUUAAGUAAAUGUACAUAGGUAGAAGUGUCGUUUUCUGGUUGCUGUCAAAUUGUCAAAUAAAGGAAGUGCAGCUGAUUACCUGAUCUAACCAAAAUUCCUGCGCGUCGAUAAUCAGUAACAAUGGAAGACGGCCACGCUAAAACCGUCGAACAAGCCUUGAACUUUUUUGGCACAGACGCUGAACGCGGACUAACAUUGGAUCAAAUUAAAACCAACCAAAAAAAAUAUGGUCCAAAUGAGUUGCCUACGGAGGAAGGAAAAACUAUUUGGCAACUUGUUUUAGAACAAUUUGAUGAUCUUCUUGUGAAAAUUCUGUUGUUGGCCGCAAUCAUUUCUUUCGUCUUAGCUUUAUUUGAAGAGCACGAAGAUACAUUCACAGCAUUUGUAGAACCUUUAGUUAUUCUUUUAAUUUUGAUAGCAAAUGCCGUUGUAGGUGUAUGGCAAGAACGAAAUGCUGAGUCUGCAAUUGAGGCCCUCAAAGAAUAUGAGCCGGAAAUGGGUAAAGUAGUUCGCCAGGAUAAAUCUGGAAUUCAGAAAAUCAGAGCGAAGGAAAUUGUUCCUGGAGAUAUAGUUGAAGUGUCCGUUGGAGAUAAAAUCCCUGCUGAUAUUCGACUAACGCAUAUCUACUCUACUACUUUACGAAUCGAUCAAUCAAUUUUGACUGGUGAAUCGAUAUCAGUUAUAAAACAUACAGAUCCAAUUCCUGAUCCGCGUGCCGUUAACCAGGAUAAAAAGAAUAUAUUAUUUUCGGGUACUAAUGUGGCUGCUGGUAAAGCUCGUGGUGUAGUCAUUGGAACAGGUUUAAAUACAGCGAUUGGCAAAAUUCGCACAGAAAUGUCGGAGACCGAAGAAAUCAAAACUCCUUUGCAACAAAAAUUGGAUGAAUUUGGCGAGCAGCUUUCUAAAGUAAUUUCUAUCAUUUGUGUUGCUGUAUGGGCAAUAAAUAUUGGUCAUUUCAACGAUCCCGCUCACGGCGGUUCAUGGAUAAAAGGUGCUAUAUAUUACUUCAAAAUUGCUGUAGCAUUAGCUGUUGCCGCCAUUCCAGAAGGUUUGCCAGCUGUAAUUACAACUUGUUUGGCUUUGGGAACCCGCCGUAUGGCGAAAAAAAAUGCUAUUGUACGUUCAUUGCCGUCUGUUGAAACAUUAGGUUGCACUUCGGUGAUUUGUUCAGAUAAGACUGGUACUUUAACUACCAACCAAAUGUCGGUAUCAAGAAUGUUUAUUUUCGAAAAGGUAGAAGGUAACGAUAGUAGUUUUCUGGAAUUUGAACUGACUGGAUCAACUUACGAACCUUUGGGUGAACUCUUUUUGGGCGGACAACGUGUAAAAGCUUCAGAAUAUGAAGCUCUUCAGGAGUUAGCUACUAUUUGUAUCAUGUGUAAUGAUUCCGCAAUUGAUUACAAUGAGUUUAAACAGUGUUUUGAAAAGGUUGGUGAAGCUACAGAAACGGCUUUAAUUGUACUUGCCGAAAAAUUGAAUCCAUUUAAUGUCAAUAAAACCGGUCUCGAUCGCCGUUCCGCCGCUAUAGUUGUCCGUCAGGAAAUCGAAACGAAAUGGAAAAAAGAAUUCACUCUUGAGUUCUCUCGUGACCGUAAAUCAAUGUCUUCAUAUUGUACUCCACUGAAAGCUUCGAGACUGGGAACUGGUCCAAAAUUAUUUGUAAAAGGUGCGCCAGAAGGUGUAUUGGAACGUUGUACACAUGCACGUGUUGGAACAAGCAAAGUGCCACUAACUUCAACCCUUAAGAGCAAAAUUUUGGCUCUAACUGGACAGUAUGGUACUGGACGAGACACUUUGCGUUGUCUUGCUUUGGCUGUAGCGGAUAGCCCUAUGCGACCAGAUGAAAUGGAUUUGGGAGAUUCUACCAAAUUCUAUCAAUAUGAAAUUAAUUUAACAUUUGUUGGUGUCGUUGGUAUGUUGGAUCCUCCGCGUAAAGAAGUUUUCGAUUCCAUUGUACGUUGCCGAGCAGCGGGUAUCCGAGUAAUUGUAAUAACUGGUGAUAAUAAGGCAACCGCGGAAGCAAUUUGCCGACGCAUCGGCGUUUUUGGUGAAGACGAAGACACAACUAAUAAAUCCUAUUCCGGUCGCGAAUUUGAUGAUCUUUCACCGGCUGAGCAAAAAGCCGCAUGUGGCCGUGCCCGUCUCUUCUCUCGCGUAGAACCACAACACAAAUCAAAAAUAGUUGAAUAUCUACAAAGCAUGAAUGAGAUUUCUGCUAUGACUGGUGAUGGUGUCAACGAUGCUCCUGCUCUUAAAAAAGCAGAAAUUGGUAUUGCAAUGGGUUCAGGUACUGCUGUAGCCAAAUCGGCCGCCGAAAUGGUGUUGGCAGAUGACAACUUCUCAUCCAUUGUCUCUGCUGUUGAAGAAGGUCGUGCUAUUUAUAAUAACAUGAAGCAGUUUAUUCGUUAUCUUAUCUCAUCAAAUAUUGGCGAAGUAGUGUCUAUCUUUUUGACUGCUGCUUUAGGAUUACCGGAAGCAUUGAUUCCUGUUCAACUAUUAUGGGUUAAUUUAGUAACAGAUGGUCUUCCAGCAACUGCUCUUGGAUUCAAUCCCCCUGACUUAGAUAUUAUGGAGAAACCCCCACGCAAAGCUGACGAGGGUCUUAUUUCAGGAUGGUUAUUCUUCAGAUACAUGGCUAUUGGUGGUUAUGUUGGUGCUGCUACAGUCGGCGCUGCAGCUUGGUGGUUUAUAUUUGCUGAGACAGGCCCUCACCUAACCUAUUGGCAACUAACACAUCAUUUGUCGUGUUCUGGUUCAGGGGAUGAUUUUAAAGGAGUGGACUGUAAGAUUUUCAGUGAUCCCCAUGCAAUGACCAUGGCUUUAUCCGUACUAGUUACAAUUGAAAUGUUGAACGCUAUGAACAGCCUUUCAGAAAAUCAGUCACUUAUUACUAUGCCCCCAUGGUGCAAUAUGUGGCUAAUUGGUUCAAUGGCUCUUUCCUUUACACUACAUUUUGUUAUCCUUUAUGUGGAAGUCCUUUCGACCGUUUUCCAAGUGACCCCAUUGUCAGGGGAAGAGUGGCUAACUGUGAUGAAAUUUUCAAUUCCUGUAGUUUUAUUAGAUGAAACGCUGAAAUUCGUUGCUAGAAAAAUUACUGACGGUGAGAGCCCAAUUCUAAAAAUGCAUGGGAUUGUUUUGAUGUGGGCCGUUUUCUUUGGCCUCUUGUAUGCAAUGACGCUUUAAAUAGUUUGUUCAAAUAACUUACAUACAUACAUAAUUCUAGCAAAAUUAGAUAAAAUAACUAUUUAAUUAAAAUUCUAUACUAAUUUCCAUAUGACAUACACAUAUAUAUUUAAAUUUUAAUGCUUUAGCAUUACGCUGCUGAAAUUAAGAGCUUGGAGAAUGUUAUUUUUAAAUAUUUUAAGGUAAUUAAACCAAUAACAAUAUAGUAAUGCCUUCAACGUUUACAAUUUUUUUUAAAGAUCAUUAGGGAAAAUACUCCAGAUCAACAAUAAUUAAUUGUAUGACUAGUUCACAAAAUUACUUAAUUGGCAAACUGUUGCAUUAAAGGCAUAACAUUAAAAAAAAUCUUUCAAUAAAGGCAUUACGGAAUCUCCAAAUGUAAAUUUUAUUCGAUAAGUUAUGAAAGUACAAAAUAUUCCAAUUUUCCAAUUGAUAUUAUGUACUUUGCAUUUUAAGAGUCUGAAAGAGUCAUACAAAAUUAUUGAUUUAAAAUCGCAAAAACGUGCGAUAAUUUAUUAUUAAGGGAUUUUUUUAUUAAAGUGAAUUUAAUUACAAUAUUUGAGAAAAUCGUUCUCAAAGUUCAAAUCAAAAUUUCUACCGAUUAAAUAGCAAUGUACUUAUACUAAUAAAUUUGUGUUUCAAUUAAAAUAUAUAUAUAUAAAUUUUUAAUAACUAUUUUUGGUACAUAGAAUUAUUCGCUGCUCAGAAGUCCUUUCUGGCUUGCUUUCAAAAUUCAAUUGUUCGUCGCCUUUUAAAAAACAAAUUAACUUACAGGAAGGACUCAAAUUUUGUAAACAGUAAUACUGAAUCAGAUGACUGUAUUGCAAACAAUUCAUAUUGUUUUUUUAACAAAAUAUGUAAUAUUUUAGAAUCUUAAACCAUGGCUACACGUUUUUUCUAUGUAAUUUAACAUUAAUUUAAGAUUUACAAUAACCCGUUUCAUAAGUUGGAGCUACGAAUAAUUUUGUGCAAGCAUAGCUUUUAGGUCGUUUUCAAGUUGCAUAUUUUCAGGUGUUCAAAUGCUGUCUUAACAAAAAGUGCGCAAUUUCUGUAUGUGCCUCGCUGCUUGUCCGAAUUAAAAGUUACAACAUAAUAAUUGAUCCUCAUUACAUACAUAAUUUUCCACUUUUAUAGUCAAUCCCACGUUCCACUAAAAAAGAGUCUGCUGUAUAAUAUUUCAAAUAAGAAAAAGAACAAUGACAAA